AUGCACUCCAGCACCUACGCCGCCCCGGACCCCGAGGCGCAGAGGCCGCUCGCGCCCUCGGGCCGCUCCUGCCACCCGCUGCCCUGGGCCCUGAGCGCCGCGCUGCUGCUGCUCGCCGCCGCCUGCGCCGCCUGCCUGGUGCGCUCCUGGGCCGUGCCCGGGGCCCCUGCAUCGCCGGCCCCCGGCUCCACGCGCAGCCCAAGACUCCCGGAGGGCCUGGAGUCGACGCCCGACGCCCGCACCCGCCUCCCCGACUCUCCGCAGGGCGUGUUCGCGCAGCUGGUGGUGGCCGACGGUGUACAGCUGACCGAAGGGCCCCUGCACUGGUGCAGCGAGCAGGGGAUGACAGGUGUGACCCUGGCGCCCGGUGUGACCUAUGACAAGCACACACACGAGGUGGUGGUGGCCCAGGCCGGAGUCUACUAUGUUUUUUUGCACUUGGCGCUGAAGCGUGCGAUGGCCAGCAACGGCAACAGCUCCAGCUCCGUCUCCGUGGCCCUGCACCUGCGGCCUCUCCAAGCUGGGGCUGCUGCCCUGGCCCUGACCUUGGACCUGCCACCCCCAUCCUCGGGGAACUCAGCGUCUGGUUUCCGGAGCGGCCUGCUGCACCUGGAUGCCGGACAGCGCCUGAGCGUACACCUGCGCCUCGCGGUCCGGGAGCCUCGCGCCUGGCAGCUCUCGGCGGACGCCACGGUCUUGGGCCUCUUCCACGUGGCCACCCAAGUCCCCACUGGAGUCCCCUUGGUACAGCUGACGUGACCCCCAGGCCUAGGUGCCACCCUCUGGACCAAGACUGAAUCUUGCCUUCCUUUCUUGGGGCCCCUGGUGAUGGGCUCUAGCUACUCUACCUCACUGGGCUGGGCCGGGGUCCUUGCUGCUGACCCCUUCUUCCAGGACUCUCCGGGUCCCUCUGUCACUUGGUAUUUAUUCUGAGCCCAAGCUCGGACAGUGUACAUUAUAUUAAUCCGUUCGACUUAUAUUUAUUGAGCUUCUGCUCCGUGCCAGGCACUGUGCAGGGCUAGAGAAACAUCAGCAAAUAAAAAGACCCCCCC